AUGGUUGAUGAUAAAAAUCUUGCGACUACAACUGGUAGUUUGACAUGGAAACAAAAGAUGAUUGGUCGAGUGAGUUUUAUUGUUGUUGUGCUGGUUAUUUGUUCUGCUACCAUCAUUCUUCCACCUAUAUUCUUGCAUGUACUUCGUCAAAAUUCAUCAAGUUCUUCAAGUGUGACGAAUUUGUUUGUAUCUGCUUGCUCAUCAGAAACAUGUAUUGGUAAGGAGACACAAUAUCGUACAUCAAUUAUCACUGCUUUAUACCCUUUUGAUGGAAAUACGAAUGAUCUUAGUGGACAUUUUCUUGGAGUCGCUUAUGGCUUACCUAUACCAGGAUAUGCUACUGCUACGAAUUAUAUCCGUCAAUCAAUUGAUUUGGAUCCAACCAAUCAACAGUAUAUUCGUAUCUCACAUAUCAACUUGAACCAGCAAAGUUUUACUAUUCAGUUAUGGUUUCUUAUACGAUCUUCUGCAAGUUUAGUUGAUUUUGGUAUAUUUAGUCAAUGUGAUUCAGAUUUAAUUUGUUUGUCAAUAAGUAUUCGCAAUUUCCGUGUGACAUUAUCGUUCGAUUCCAUGCGCAGUAAUGUGAGCACAUUGUUUGGAGGAUCAAUACUUUUAAGAAGUUACUGGUAUCAUAUAACUGUUGUUUACGAUGCUGUACUUUGUCAACAAUUGAUUUAUAUUAAUGGCAAAAUCGAUGCUAUUGCGAAUGGUGUCACGCCAUAUCAAGGAACAUCACUUGGUGCUACUACCUAUAUUGGACUGAGUUCUUCAAUCGAUUAUCCGUUAUCAUAUUUCCAUGGAUUUAUUGAUCAUUUUACAAUAUCAGCUGGUGUUGCUCGAACUGCGUGUCAAAUAUACAACGAUGCUACACUCAUUGCAUAUUAUCCGUUCGAUACAACAGACACAUUACUCGAUCGUAGUGUUAAUUUGAUUCAUGGUAUUUCGUUUGAUUUAACGACGGUUUCGUCAGGUCGACUUCAACAAGCGAUCUCUUUUAAAGUCAAUACAAGUUAUUUUCAAGCACAAUGUUUCCCAACAAUACGUCCUACUAGUGUACCUGUAUCUGUUUCUCUCUGGGUGAAUCCGACGAUGAUUAUUGGUGGCGGUUCAUUGGUCCAUGUAUCAACUCUUCAAAAUGGUACUGGAUCUAUUUGUUACGAUCUUCUAGGCUUUACAGCUGCUGGCAUGCUACUGGGUCAAUUAAUGACAAGCCCGACAACUCUUAUCAAUACUCAAGGUGUAUUAUUGCCGUUGAAUACUUGGACUCAUGUAGCCGUUGUUUAUUCAAGCACAAAUGGCUUUCGUCUAUUUAUCAAUGGACAAUUAACUGAUGCUGUAUCAGGAUCGAUUACUACUAAUCAAUUCAGUCUGUAUAUCACGCUUGGUAAUAACAGUCCAAGACUUUCUACAUCCAGUUCUAGUUGUGUGUCAUCACCUAUCGUUGCUGGUCCAUAUCAUGGUGCUAUCGAUGAAUUUCGAGUAUAUAAUCGAGAAUUAGAUGCUCAAGAACUUUGCGUACUUGCCAAUAUUUAA